UACAUUUAACUUGGCGGUUUUAUGUCCUUCCUGGUUUUAUAACUUUUUUUUUUAUACUAUGCAUUAAUGUUGUUUACGCAGCAGACAUUUGCCACGUCCAACACCUACUUGCACGACACAUCUUCAACAUUUAUCGAAACGAAUUUUAUUUACAGCAAAAGCGUACGGCGACAACAAUCGUCCUGCCGUUCUUUGCGUGCACGGGAUCCAAGACAACUGCGAUACGUUCGUCACGUUGCUGCCAUCACUGCCGGACGAUUACUAUUACGUAUGCGUCGACCUGCCCGGCCACGGCGGUUCUGACCAUUUCCCCGCGCACGUGCCCCUUGAGUUCACCAACUAUUUGGCUGCGAUCAAAUGGGUAAUGGAUCAUUUCGCUUGGCCCGAGCUGGCGUAUCUUGGACACAGUUUUGGCGGGCAGUUGGGCUCGUGGUUGGCGGGCGUAUACCCGGAACGCGUUCGUUGCCUGAUUGUGCUGGACACCAUGGGGCCCCGGUCGGUGGACAUGGGUGACACGUUGGCUGCGGUUCGCAGCCGAAUCGAUGCCGCGCAGUCGUUGCACCGGCGACAGUGUGGCCGAAAGCCACCAUCGUACACGUUCGUCGAGGCGGUAGGCAAAAUGAUGGCUGGCCGGCCAUCCAGACUGACCGACGAAUCCGCACGCAUACUGGCCGGCCGAGCGUUGGUCCGCGUGGACGGCGACGACGACAAGUACACGUUCGCCAGCGACCAGCGAUUGAAAUUGGCGUUCUACCCGCUGAUGACGUUUGACCAACAGAAGCAGAUCCUGGGCACCAUUGCGUGCCCGGUCGUGUUUGUGCUGGCCGACGAAAACUGUGGCAGGUACUCCACGUAUCUAAAGGACGCUUACGAGUUCUACAGCAAACGGCCGAACGUGACCAUCCGGGUGGUCAGCGGCGACCACGAUGUACACUUAAACUAUCCAGACAGGGUAUUUAAACACGUAGCCGACUUUCUGCAAGAACAUUAUAAAAACUGAAAUCGUCGGAACUGCAGCACAUGCACAAAAUUGGGGAAUAUAAUAUAUUUUAGUAUUUAGUACAUAAUAUAGACGUUUAAAUUUGUAGUGUAAUAUAAUAUUGAAAUAAUAAAAUAUAUAUUUAUAUAAUAAUUCGUUACCAAAAGACGGAUAAUAGCGAUUCAAUAUUGUAUGUAGUAUGUACAUACCUAUAUAUAAUAUAGAUAAAUACUUAUUUUAUAUAUAAGGAUAUACUUAUAAUUUAUAAUAUGCGUACGCGCAUAUACGUAUCACUAUCACACUUGAAUGUGACGUGAUAUACCUACCGGAUUAACUGAUAUAUCCAUACUUUAUAUAUUUAUGUAUUAUUAAAGGUAUCCACGCAUAUAAAGUGCAAAAUUUAAAAGAU